GUAGUACGUCACGUCGUGCCCCCCUCCCUCCCCGUCAUGUGAAGAUUUAUUUAUUUUCUCCUCCUCGCCCCUGCGCCUGUUAUCGCCGAGAAGCACCGUACAACCACAGCGGGACACCGCGACCACAGAAGGCCAAGUAUUAGGGCCGCAGGGCCGGGAGGAGCGGGACGGAACCGCCGCUGACUCCGGAGGCGACAUGACUGCGGAGUAGCGAGCAAAAGGACGCCGCUGCACCUGCUGGUGAGCCGGAGGAGGAGGAGGAUGGUGGUGAAUGGUGGAUGGUCUGAUGGAGGUGCAGCUGCAGGUGGAGCGGCUCCUCGAGCCUUCGCCGCGGCAGCAGAGCCGCUGAACGCACCUGGAGCUGGACAAAAUAAUGUGAACACUCUGCAGCUCCCUGGCCUUCGUCGUUAACAUCAUCAUUUAUGAUUAUGAUGACGGGAUCCAGUCACGUGGCUCUGGCCUGACCGACGCUACCUUCUCUUCCAGCGGCCCACAGACACAAUGUCCGGGUCGGCUGGACCGGCACUGGCCGCGGAGCCUGGGCUUGGGCCGGAGCUGCCGGACCUGAGCCACCUGACGGAGGAGGAGCGCAGCAUCAUCCUGUCGGUGAUGGAGAGGCAGAAGGAGGAGGAGACGAAGGAAAAGAGCAUGCUCAAGGAGCAGGAGGAAGUGAAACCUCCCUCGUCCUCGUGGAAUCCAUUCUCAGGGUUCAGUCAGUUGGUCAGUAACGUUGCCACCAACGUGUCCGAAGUUCUGCAGGUUAAAAGUCCAACAGACAACGAGCUGCAGAUGAAGUUACAUCAGCAGUUUGAGAUGUAUAAAGACCACAUGAAGAAGCUGGGUGAGGAGUCUCCAGAGGCUCAGACAGCGCGGGCAGAGUCUCCAACCUGCGGGAUCUGUCGCAAGACCAAGUUUGCCGAUGGCUGUGGCCGAGCAUGCUGCUACUGCCAGAGUCGUUUCUGCGGCCGCUGUGGGGGGCGUGUCUCCUUGAGAGCCAAUAAGGUGAUGUGGGUGUGCAAUGUGUGCAGGAAGCAGCAGGAGUUUCUCACUCGGUCAGGGGACUUUUCCCCUGAAAUGCUAUCCAUCAAUUACAGCUUACACAGGGCUCCCCACCCACCUACACAUGGGCCACUGGGUGCCACGGGGCCCUUGAGUAAUGGUGCAGCAGAAUGGAGGCAGAGCCCCUCGGGAUUGUACUAUAAUGGCAGGAGGAGCAGGAUGCCUAGCUCACCAUCGGACCUUGCUGUGAACAACCGUUCUCGAUCGCCACACUGCUGUCAUGGUUACGGAGAGGAAGAGCUACAGGCACACAGGCAACCAAUAAGAGAUGGGCGAGGUCGCUGGUACUCACAGGAUCACCCUCUAGACCAACGUCAGGAUGAGCUUGAGCUGCGGCGACAACAGGAAGUGGAGUUUCAGGCACGGUACCGUAGUGACCCAAACCUUGCCCGAUACCCAGUGAAGACACAACCAAGUGAAGAAACCAUGAGGAUGUUAGCUCAGGUAGGCAGGGUCCGCCACCAGCGCCGCCACAGUGAUGUUUCCCUGGCAACCCCAGAGCCUGACCACCUGACCAUGAGGCAUUCAGCUCUUCGUCAGAAUCUGCCUCUGGGAUUGGUCAAAUCUGGAGGUCAGAGGUCAUACUCUGUGGACCGUGCAACCACUCACAUAAGCCCAACAUAUUCCCGUCACAGCCCAUUAUCCCAACAACUACUGGACCCAAGCUCAACCCUGAAGAGGAAGCCAGCCACUGAGAAUGUAGCACAGAGGAGUCGGCAUGUAGGGAAGAUGCACGUGAUUGGCAGCUUUAGCAGCUCAGAGGAGGAUCUUGUUACCACACCUGAGUACACUAGCGCUGACGAGCCUGACAGAGACAUGGACAGUAGUCAGUGGUGGGAUCAUGGUUCCUGGCAUGGCGAGCCUGCUCCCAUGUCUAUGCCAGUCACAUGGCAACCCUCCAAGGAUGGAGAGCGUCUGAUUGGUCGAAUUCUACUGAACAAGAGGAUGAAGGACGGAAUUGUUCCUGCAGAUACAGGAGCACUGCUGGGACUCAAGGUUGUCGGUGGAAAGAUGACAGAGUCUGGUCGUCUCUGUGCUUUCAUCACUAAGGUGAAGAAAGGUAGUCUGGCUGACACUGUGGGUCACCUGAGACCAGGAGAUCAGGUUCUGGAGUGGAACGGUCGGGUUCUUCAAGGAGCCACAUUUAACGAGGUCUACAACAUCAUCCUGGACUCCAAACAAGAACCACAGGUGGAGCUGGUGGUGUGUCGACCAAUAGGAGAUGUUUCCAGAUCAGUAGAGAGUGCCCAUGUCCAGCUGAACUCCAGUUCCAGUUCCUUUGACUCUCAGAAAGUUGGCCCAUCCAUCUCUGUCACAUCUCCAAUGAGCCCCAGUGUUCUGUCUGGACAGGUCUCGACUGUGGACAGGCAACCUCUGGUUCCCCGGAUUCAGGUGAAGCUAUGGUAUGAUAAAGUCGGCCACCAACUGAUUGUCACCAUUCUUGGAGCCAAAGAACUUCCUGCUCGGGAUGACGGCCGACCCCGGAACCCAUACGUCAAGAUCUAUUUCAUGCCAGAUAGAAGUGAUAAGAGUAAGCGGAGGACAAAGACAGUGAAGAAGUCAUUGGAACCUCGGUGGAACCAAACCUUCAUGUACUCUCCGGUCCAUCGACGUGAGUUCAGAGAGCGAAUGCUUGAGCUGACAGUCUGGGACCAGGCUCGAGUCCGAGAGGAGGAGAGCCAGUUCUUGGGAGAGAUCCUGAUAGAGAUGGAGUCGGCUCUGCUCGAUGAUCAGCCUCACUGGUACAAACUGCAGCUUCAUGACGUUUCCUCACUGCCACUGCCCAAAGCCUCCCCCUACCUGCAGAGGAGGGGACUGCAAGCUGAGCACACACACAGCAGCAGGAGGCUGCAGAACAAAGGUCAUUACUAUAACUCAGGGUCUCAGAGGAUCAGUGACAGCGAGUUUUCAGAUUAUGACUGUGAAGACGGCAUUGGGGUGAUAUCAGACUACAGACAGAAUGGGCGCGAAUUCCAUAGCUCCACCCUCUCAGUGCCAGAGCAAGUGAUUUCUCCCAAUCACUGCUCCCGUUCCGACAUGGUCAGAAUGAGGUCACGGUCACCGAGCCAGCCGCCUCCUCACAGCAAUAACCCUCUUUACCCGUUAUAUCGGGAGGACGCGGUGCGGCUGCUGCGGGGCUCCAAACUGAGCCGAGCAUUCUCUGAUGCCAGCCAAUACAGCACCCCGAACAGGCCAUUGAGGAGGAUGUCGCUUGCCAACUCACUUGAUUCCCAUGACAGAUAUUUUAAUGGCCCUAACCAGAGCUGGACAAACCACAUCAUCAAUGGGAGCUGUGAUGACUACAGUCAGGACUUCAUCCCUGAUUUUCCCUAUGAGCCUGACACCUACGAUGAGGAACUACUGAGGUACAGUCGUGGGAUGGACCGGAGAGAUUACUACAGCCGAUCUCGUUCAGCCGACCGACCCAUCUACACACGCUCACACUCAACCGAUCGAUCUGACUCCACACACAUGAGGUCUGGACGGUCUGCUCCCCCCUCACCUGCCUUGAUCAGGGCUAAUGCUGGAGGCGGUUCCACCCUGACAAGCCCAACGGGGACGCCUAUUUGUGGUCGCCGAGGACGCCAGCUACCUGCUGUCCCCCCCAAAGGAGCUCUCGACAGAACUUUGACCAUGACUGCAGCUCCAGCAACAGCAACUAAAAUCCCUCCACAUCAUCACCCCCCUGCCCCUGUCCAUAAACAACACUUUCCCUCUGUCAGUCAACAACCUCCUCUUAUAAGGGUCCAAGCCCCGCCUCCCCCACUCACCCAACCCCAGCCACUUCCUGCACCUGUGCUCCCACCUGUAGUUACAGCAGCACCACCACUAUUUUUACCCACACCGGUACCUGUUCCUGUACCCACAGCUGUACCCACAGCUGUACCCACAGCUGUAUCCACAGCUUUACCCACAACUGUACCCACAACUGUACCUACAACUGCACAAACAACUCCACUGGUAGCUCCACCUCCCCCUGCUCCACCCCCUGCACCUGCUCCAGUUCAGCCUCCACCUCCUGAACCCACCCUACCCCCUCCAACUCCAACGCCUUCCCCUUCACCCGCCCCAUCACCAGUCCCACCCCCACAGACUCCAGAGCCGGAUAGGCGCUCAGCAACACCAGGAGGAACCAGAAAAGAGGUCACAUGGGAGGACCAACAGAAGAAAACAGCCAAUGGGGAGAUGUUACCAACCGGCAGAGAAGGUGUACUGAAGGACCCUUCAAAGAUGAAGGACAAUCUCUCCUUUAAGUCAUCAGACAGUGAUGUCAGUGAUGUCUCAGCUAUGUCCAACGCCUCUGACACUCAAUCUGUCCACAAGAUCGGUCUGAUUGAAUGUCUGGAGGGCCAGUCAGCAGAGCUGGGGGUGGGCUCGCAGGGAACAGAGGAAAUAGUGGGGGCAUCAGAAGGCGGGAAUACACUGCAGAAGAGCAACUCAGUGGAAGAAGGGGAGGAGGAGCCUGAGCCUUCAAAGGUGUCUGCAGCUGCCACUCCUCUCACCAAGUCGUCAAGUGUCGGUGGUGAGAUUUGCUCAUUGGGGAGAAACGAUGAUGACGAUGAUGACAAGAAGCGACGCUCAAGCUUCGGUGCAAGGAUGAUGGGGAUGGUUGGACUUGGAAAGAAGAGUCAGAGUGCCUCCCAGCUCAACCCAGAGGAGGAAGAGAAGAAGAAGAAGGUGGUGAGACUUCCCGUUCAGAGAAGUGUUGAAACCGGUUUGGCCAUCGAGUUUAAAGCUCGUUUCACCAGACAGCUGAGUCGAGACCCAGAUGCCGAGGACCCAAAACCUGGAGCGCUUAUAUUUCCAGGAGUAAAACUUGCAUCAGACAAACAGUUCACUGGUUUCCUUGAAGGAUUAGGCCCCGCCCAGCUGGCUGGACGGCAGACAUUGGCCACGCCCCCCAUGGGUGACAUCCAGAUCGGGAUGGUGUACAGGAAGGAGCGUCUGGACGUGGAGGUUAUCCGAGCCCGGGGGCUUGUGGGUAAACAAGGCAACAAGAACACUCCAGCUCCUUAUGUGAAGGUGUAUCUAAUGGAUAAUGGAAAGUGUCUGUUGAAGAGAAGAACUCGUCUGGCAAGGAAAACCCUUGACCCUCUUUAUCAGCAACAGCUGCAGUUUGAAGAAAACCCUGAGGGCAAAGUUCUACAGAUCAUCGUCUGGGGUGACUACGGUCGGAUGGACCAUAAAUCAUUCAUGGGCGCUGCCCAGAUUCUAUUGGAUGAUCUGGACCUGUCCAAUAUGGUAAUUGGCUGGUUCAAACUGUUUCCUGCCACCUCAUUAGUGGAUCCUGCAUUGGCGUCGUUGACCAAUAAGGAGACAGAAGGUAGCAAGUCUUAGCAUCAGGAGGCAUGGCUGAUUUGGUCAUAGACACGUUACAGGAUGGGCCCUAAAACAAAGUCUCAGAAUCCUCUGCUGCUGCAUGCUGCAUGAUGACAUCACAGAGAUGACAAUUCAUGAUGAUGUCACUAGGACGAUGAGGAAGGUGCUAUUCCUGAUCCGCCCACUGCGGGGGGAGACACUCAACAAAGGAUGCUGGGUAAAGAAAGGAGUGGCCAUGUGACCUCCAGCUGCCAGCUAAUCACAGCAGCUCCUUGGAAGUCAUACGACUGUUAAAGACACGUCAGGAACCCACAAGAUUGAGUUAUGUGAUAGUAUUCAUGGAGACACAGGAACAUAGAGGGGGCUUCUUUAUGUUUAUGCAUGGAAUGACAAAAACAUUAGAACAUAAACUCCAUCGAAGAAAAACACCACAACAACCAGUAAAAUCAUGAAAACGUGAAAACAAAAGAACAUGAGAACCACAAACAUGACAACAUGUGAGAGCAUGAAAAUAUGUAAGACCAUGCCAGACUGUGAGAACAUGAGAAUGUUGUCUAAAACUUCAAAAUAAAGAUUCUUAAACAA